AGAAGAAGAAGAAAACCACCAGAACUAGAAGGAAGAACGUCGCAUUGUAACCAAAAAUAGGAGAAUAUAAUAGGAUAAAAAGAAGCUGAAAGUGGUGGACCCACUAUCGAGCAGUGUCAUCCACAUAGUACUGUGCCAUCCUCGAUUAAAAACGACACGCUUUUAACGGAAUUCGAGGAAGUAGUGGUGUCAUCCGCUUAUGUUAGUAUCCAUAACCCCUCAUGAUCUAACUAAUUCUGAGUCUAUUGAGAAAGAUCCAGGGAUAAAGGAUACCAACAGACAAGGAUUGUUUUUUGUAUGCACAUUUCUUGUAACCAACACCCUAGUUAAAAAGACAAUUUAUAGAGAAAUAAUGGAACCGCCGUGCUCAUUUCAUCCUUGCGAUGAAGCAGUGAUUGCCACCAACGAUGAUGCCAGCGACUGCAAAAGGUGUGCUGUACGUUUGGGUUAUUGGAAGGACGAUUAUAUUGGAUUCUUUGUGCGCAAUCAAGACCGCAAAGCCCCCGAGAUAAAUAGAGGCUACUUUGCCAGGGUCAAGGGCGUUGAGAUGUGUGUAGAGAAGUUCCUGAAGAAAACUGAUGGAAACUGUCAAAUUAUAAACCUUGGCUGUGGUUUUGAUACACUUUAUUUUCGCUUACGCGAUACACCGCAUCAAGUGAAAAAUUUCAUUGAAUUAGAUUUUCCAACCGUUACCGCACGCAAAUGUUACACAAUCAAACGGAACAAAGUCCUUUUAUCUAAAAUACAUGAUGAAGAUGGCGAGGUUAAAUUAAGUCCUACAGAUUUACAUGGUCCAAACUACCAUCUAAUGGGCGUCGAUCUCAGGAAUAUCGAUGAAGUAGAUCAUAAAUUACAGCAAGCAGAAAUAGACUAUACGUUACCAACAAUAUUCUUAGCAGAGUGUGUUCUUGUCUAUAUAGAACAAAAUAAUUGUAAAAAUUUACUUAAGUGGAUUGCCAGUAAGUUUAGCAGUGCGGUGUUUGUCAAUUAUGAACAGGUCAAUAUGAAUGAUCGUUUUGGCGAUGUAAUGCUUAAUAACCUGCGUAGCCGUGGCUGCAGUUUGGCCGGUGUCGAUGCCUGCAUCUCCUUGGAAACACAAAUGAGCCGAUUUCUCGAGUGCGGCUGGAAUGGUAGUCGAGCCUGGGACAUGGUCCAAGUAUAUCAGAGUAUUCCAACGCCAGAGCGGCAACGCAUCGAACGCAUAGAAAUGCUCGACGAGGGUGAAUUAUUAGUACAACUAUUCCAACAUUAUUGUUUGGUUGUAGCAUGGAUAGGCGAAUUGUUUCAAGACAUUGAAAUUACGUGCGUUAACGUUGUUGAAAAGCGUAUGUCAUCCCUUAACAUCGACUAAGCAUAGAGAAUGAAGAAACGAAAGGCUGCACAAUUUACAAAAACAAAAAAAAAAAACAACAAGAAACUCUUAACAGAUAUAAAAUCAAAAAAUACCAGCAACAUUUUGCUCUAUUUUGUAUAUGAUAUGAGAUAAAGAGUACAUAAGUAUUUUGUACAUUGCUACUUUUGGUAUUUAAUUUAAAUUAUGGAUUGCAUGUGGUUUAACCUAUUGAUAGCAGAAAAUCUUUGUGAGCUCACAAAAACAAACGAACUUGAAAAUACACAAUAUUACAUAUGUAUGUUCAUAUGUAUUUACUCAUUGUUUAAAUGCAAAUUAAUUCUUUAGUUGUAGUGAGGACUGUAAUUUAAAAAAACAAAAUCAUUGAAUUUAUAUACCACGAACUUUAAGGGUUCGACACUUUAAUUAUACAUUUCUUUGUUAUUUAAUAUUUAAACAAAAAAUUCACACAUACACACAAAAGCACAUAACGUAUCUAAUAAACAAUGGGGAUUACACCAAGGGGUGCUUUUUGUUUGGGAUAGAGCUAAGAAUAAAGCAAAAAUGUCAUAAUUUUGAAUUGAAAUGUGCUCCUAUUUAACUGAAAGUUUGUAUGGCUUUGAUGGUGAAAUGAUGACUGAUUUGUAAUUACCCUAGGCGAUGCAGAAUCUUGACAUUUACAAAGAUUUAAUGCAUUGUAAUAAUUAUGCGUGAAUUAUUUGCACUCUCGAAACUGAUAAUGUUUGGGGUUGGAAAUAAUCCAGCACCAAAGUAAAAUAUUCUCAUUCAUUUUUUGUCAUAUUAAUAUUUAAAUAAAUGACAAUUUCAGUGUGAAUUUAUGAAUUGCUUAGUGUAAAACGAUCCAUUCAAAAAAAAAAAAAAAACAUGCCCUGUACAUAUGUAUGUAUAUCAUUGUAUUGUUCUUUUCGAUAUUUUUAAUAAAGAAACAGUAACAAAAAAUUUACGAUUAAUAUCACAAAUUUAUAUUGCCAAAGUACUCCACAACAACCCAACCCCCCGAAGUUAUGAGAACAACAUUUGUAUGUGUAUUGAUUGCUUUAUUAAUUCUCAAUUAUUAAACAGCAUUAAUAGAAUCCUUUUGCUAUCACUAAUAUAUACAAGUUUUUUGUUUGUAAAACAGUAUUUUUUUACACAACUAUCCUUCAUUAAAUAAGGAAUAAAGUAAAUGAUAUGUUAUUUUGAAAGCAUAGAAAACAAUAAAUCAAAGCUUAUACACAUGGAAAAAUGAGGAAAAUUUCAACAUUGUACUGUAUGUGAAUAACUUAUGUGUGUGUUUCCCUUAAUAAAAACAUUAUAUAAUAAUUAUAAUUGAAAAGUU